GUCGAUGUCUAGAAUGCUGUUCUGUAUACCUAUGACCUUGAGCAAUUCUUGGGUCUAAAGGCACUUGUGGUCGCUGAGAACUAGAGGUCUGACGUGAUGGAGGAGGAGGUUGAGAAUGUGCAACAAGAUCAGUAUAACAGUGACAAUGUGUGAUGCAGAUGAACUUGUACAGAAUGUUAUUGAUACCAUUGAUAAUGCCAGUGUACAGAAACAUGGUCUUACAGAACAGCUUAACUCACUAAAUCAAGCCAAACAACAGAUACAACAUAGUUCUAAGAUUGCAUCAGAGCAAGUGAGGAACCAUUUUGAGAACUUACGGAAAAUUUUAAAUGAGUCAUUGGAGGAAAGGAUGUCAGAAAUGCUGGCAGAAGUUCAGGCUCUAGAAAAAUCUAAUCUUGAGCCCCUUAACCAGUGUGCUGACAUGAUCAAUCUUUCUCUAGAGGAUGCAGCUUCUUGUAUUAGUGAAGGCAAGACCUUAUUAGCAAAUGGACCAGAAACUGACAUAGAUGCUUUAUUAAAAUUUAAAGAUGCUCCCCACACAAAAGAUCUCCAUGAAUUGCCAGAAGUUCCUAGUCUGUCAGAGGUAGCAUUUAUUAGUGUGAACUUUGUAGAGGGAGUUGCAAACAGAUUUCAAGAUCUGAUUGCAGAUGAGGGGAGAGUAUCUGACCGUGCACCAGUCAAUAUCACAGAGGUGGAGGAGAGACCAGGAGCUCUACUUGUGACUUGGGAAGAGGAAGACGAUGAAACUGAAGCUAGUGAAUUCCGUUUACAAUAUUGUUAUGGUGAAAUAACUGCAUGGGAUGUUGGAAAGGCAACAUUUAACACUGUAUACACAGGCUCUAACACAACACAUCUAGUUAAACGUCUCCGCUAUAACAUGCCAUAUUCUUUCCGUGUUAGCUGUCGUAUAGAUGAUCACUGGAGUACAUGGAGUGUACCUAGAGUAGCCCAGACUCGUAUACCACCAUAUCAAUGGGAUGAAAAUACUGAGGGAUAUUCAACAAGCAAUGAGAACAGAACUGGUACACGAUGCAAUGGAUUGACAAGAGUCUUAUAUUCCAAGAGUCAGUGUUACCGUGCUGGAUUCCAGUUAUCAUUCCGAAUCUUGGAUUCCGGAGAGAAGUCACCGUUUGAUGGAUUAGGUAUAGCUGUCACCAAUGAUGAUAUUGAUACCAUGAAGAGAGAGGGUGCGGUCUUUCUUGCUUGUGAUGGAACAGUGUUUAUAGAUGGACAGGAAAUGAAAACAAGACUUCCAUGUUUAACUCGUAAUUCCAGUAUUUCCAUAGAAACUGAAACAUUACCAAAUGGAAAAGUUCGUGUUAGUGUUCAAGUUGGGGAUAAAGAGCUUACAUUUGAUUGGAAGGUAGAUAAACUUGUUACACUUGGAAUGAUUGGUGGACUUGGUAUGACUCCUCUCACAGAAUCUACACAGUGCUUCUUCUUUGGAAUGAUCUUCAGUCAUGAAGACUGGAAAAUCAGUGUAGAAUGACAUGGCAUUUUUAUGUAUAAAUGUUGAAGUUUGUGCAUGAAUAAUAUAUGAACAAAUUUAUAUGUGUGUGAUGAUAUAGUCAGUUUAUUUAUCUUCAAAGCAGUAUAUAGUUUAUUAAUAUCUUAUAUAAUCCUACCAGUAGCUAAUUGAUUUAAACAGUUUAUGAAUAAAAGAUACAGUAACCUUCUUCGUUUAUGCUACAGAUCUGCUAUUGUAUGAAUUGAUAUUGAAUUUAUGCCAAAAGUUUGCAGCUUUGAACUAUACUCAUAUAAAAGAUACAAUGUAUUUUUAGCUUUAUCCCACCGAAAAGAAGUGUAGAAUUAGUACUGUCAGUUUUAUCUAUUUAAUAAUUUUGGACAGUUUAAGUUAUUUGGAUGUAUUAACAUUUUAUGGGCAUUGAUAUUACAGUUCUUAGAUGCACUUACAGUAUCUGAUGUAAUUUUCCAAUAUUUUACUUAGUAAAGAUCCUGUUAUAUAGUCAUAUAUCACACAUGUCAGUUUAACCUCAUGAUAUUUUGUUUUAUGUAAACAAUAAGCUCACAUCUUUGAUCUGGAGUGAUUAUUUUAUACUUUUUACAAAAAGUCUAGUCUCUACAUACUUGCACAUAUAUUUGUAUCUUUCACAAUGCUUUUAUUAUACCCCCGAAUCAAUUUCGGUGUACAAUGUUAUGCAACUGGUUUUCCGUGGUGUCCACUCUUCUGAACCGAGGGAAGGAAAUUUAACUAAAUUGGCAGAAAUGUUAACAGUAAUGAGGAAAAUAAGUUUAAAAUAUUUUUCAUACGAAUUUCAUGAGUGGUCUUUUCUCAUUAAAAGAUUACUUUUGAACACUCGAACAAAUUUCAUUGAGGCGUAUAUUUCUCUACUUUUAAGAAACUUUUUUAUUGUACAAGUUCCAAUAAAGUGUUCAGAGGGAGAAACUAUUGUGACUUGGAUAUUGAAACUUUUAUGGGUUAAGAAAAUAGAUCUGUAAUAUUUCAAUUGUAAUGUUUUGUUUUUAUUUAGUUAAUUUAUGUCUCUGUGUAUUAUAUGACUUGAAUGUGUGUUUAUUUUAAUUUUGCUCAAGAAAUAACUAUGAUCUGGACCAUAGUACAUAUUACAGGACCAAUUUAUUGUAACAGUCUGUUAUAUUGAUUUAUGUUGUAGAAUCUCUUAGUCAUCAUUGAUCUCAUAAUUCUGUUCCAUAAUUCACUUUGAACAUAUGUCUUUGGAUCCAUUUCUCCUUAUUUAGUUAUAUAUUAAUGGUAUUUUAUGCUCAUAUUCGAUAGUUCCAUAUUUGAAAGUAGUGAUAAUUGCUAUGCAGUCUCUUUUCAAUUUAGAAUAAACAUGGUGUAAGUAGAACAGACAUGAUGUGAUCAUAUAAACUCAAACACAAUAUGAUACAUUGUAUCAUUUAAAAAAAAAAAUUAUAUUUUUUUUUAAUAAAAGAAAGGCCCAAGUUAACAACUUGACCAUCAAUUGGGAAUGCAGCUUCUCAAACAUAGUUUUUUUAUUGUCUAUUUAAUUUAGACAUAUUCUGAUUAAUAAAUUUCUGUAAUAAAAGUGUUUUCUACAAAGAUGAGCAUAGCAUAUCUUUAAAAUAAACAUCCAAGAUACAUCAUUAUCAAAUGGAUUGAAAACUUACAUGUAUGUGAAGUUAAUCACCAUUUUUUGUUAUAAAUGAAAAUAUUUCUCUUUCACUGUUUAUUAAAUGUCAAAUUUUAAUUGUAUUUAAAACAAUAUAUCAGAUAAGAAGUGUGAAUGAUGUACAUAUAGGAAAACAACAUAAUUUCAUAGUAAAAAGCAACAGCUGUUUCAAUCAAACACAUCUAUUAUUAUUUAAUAAGCUUGAACAAUUGAACCAUGUAAUAUUAUAAGUUUUUGUAAGACUGUACAACAUUUGUGAUAAUCAAGUAUAUUUAUUUGUGUAGAGAUUUUCUGUAUGUUUGUAUGUGUUCAGUUUCUGGUGCUAUGUAUCAAUAGGUGCUUCUUAUGUGCUUCCUUUGCUAGGUUUGCUCAAUGUUUUAUAUGUGGCAAUAAUGGUAUAUAGACAAAACUAGCUUGCCUUAACGUUUACAUGUAUUUGUAUUUAUAUUA